AUGAAAUUCUCUGCAUUUUUAAUUGUGGCCUUUUUGUGCCUUGGGGCUGUAACUGCCAAAUCCACUGGCGAUAUCAUUAUUGAUGAUGAAAUAACUCAAGAAUAUCAAUUACUUGCUCAGGAUUUAGCCGAGGAAAUUAUGGAGAUUGAAACUCAGGAUUUAUUUUCUGGCAUGUAUUCCGUACUAAAGAAAACCCUUACCACUCUUAAAGGCAUCAGUUGUACCAUCGAUGAAGUGUUGAAAAUUCAAUAUGCUGCCCAUAAAUUCCUUACCGAUAUUGCUGCCUGUGGUGGUGAAGUCUCUCAAAAAGUACAGAAUUUAAUUGAUGUCGUCAAUGAUAUUAUUGAAACGUGCAAGGCUAUCAUUGGUAUCAACGAAAGUGUUUGUGCUAAUGGUCAAGGCGCAAGAGGUGUUGUUUCUGGAGUGAAAGUUAGUCACAAAUGUGCUUCUAGUUUGUUAAGCAAACUUCUCCGUUUGAGUAAUCAAAUAGAACGUGCUUUGAAACUGAUUGUACAAAUUAAGAAUGUUCCCGGCGAAAGCAGCAAAUGUGUCCUUAAGGCCGUUGAUACAUUGGAAAAGUAUUUCACUGAGUUUCCAGCCAAUAUUAAGGUUUGCUCCAAGUUGACUAGUUAA